GAAGUAAUGUCGUAACCUGCAACUGUUGCUUUUUGCCGAGACCUCAGUUGAUAUCUAAUAGUUGAAGGUAGAUGAAGAACAUUUUUGUAGACUACUUUACUUGAUUGGUUACCAUUUGUGUGCGAUUUGUGGUUUUAGUUGAGUUUUAUAAAUGUGUAAGGAAAACGCUUAAAGAUGAAGAUGAAUAUUCUAGAGUGGCUAUGGCAUAACAAAGUAAUCACAAUACUGGCAACAACGACGUUCUGCCUCUUUGUUUCUACGAUAGCACUUGCAUCUAAGAAAAAUCACACUCCUGUACAUGGGCAGAUUAUUAAAUCAGCCCAUUUAAGGAAUGUUAAAAAAAUUUUAUCACCACAUUCUUUAAAACUUGAAAAUGAUCACAAUAGACUACCCAGAAAUGUAAAACCGUUAAAUUACAAACUACAUUUGGCCCCGAAUAUAAAUAAUAAAACAUUCGAAGGAAAUGUUUCUAUACUUCUACAAGUUCUAGAACCGACCAACAUAAUUAUUAUGCAUGCUAAAGAUUUGAUAAUACAUGAUGUGAAUUUAAAAAACGUAGUAAAUACACUUAUCGAGAGUUCUAUCGAACAUGAAUCCCAUAAUGAAAUAUUGCAAAUAAACUUAGAAAAUGAAGCAAAACAAAGACAAAUAAUCCUGUCAAUUACAUUUUCGGGAAAACUGGAUAACAAAAUUGUUGGAUUCUAUUCAAGUUCGCUAAAAACUGGCGGUAAUAUGGUGGCGAGUAAAUUCCAACCAACUUAUGCUCGACAAGCAUUCCCCUGUUUUGAUGAGCCUGACUUCAAAGCAACAUAUGAUAUCACUUUAGUUAAGCCAGUCUCUUAUGUAGCCCUUUCCAACAUGAAUGAAAUAUCUAAAACACAAUGUGAAGAUAAAAAUACAGAAGCUGUGACCUUUGCGACCAGUGUCCCAAUGUCUACAUACUUGGCUUGUUUUGUUGUUUGUGAUUUUGAUUUUAAAGAAACAGAGAUAGAUGCCAGUGGUAUUGGUAAUAAUUUCAAAUUGCGUAGUUUUGCUCAGAGAAAUCAAAUGCACAAAAUUGAUUUUGCACAAGAUAUUGGGGCAAGAGCUACAGAAUUUUAUAUCAAAUAUUAUGAAGUACCUUUCCCACUACCAAAGUUAGAUAUGAUAGCUAUUCCUGACUAUGUAUCAGGAGCGACUGAACAUUGGGGUUUGAUAACAUAUAGAGAAACAUCAUUCCUUGUGGACGAGGCGACGGCUUCCUCCAAGAACAAGAUAAGUGUUGCGAACACAAUAGCUCAUGAGUUAGCGCACAUGUGGUUUGGUAAUUUAGUAACAAUGAAGUGGUGGGAUGAGGUUUGGCUCAAUGAGGGUUUUGCCUCUUACAUGCAAGUUAAAGCUCUCAAUGCUAUUGAACCUUCAUGGACUAUGUUAGAUCAAUUUUUGACAAAAACUUUGCACUCCGUGUUGGUGACAGAUGCGAAACUGUCAAGUCAUCCUAUUUUACAAACUGUGGAGACUCCUGAUCAGAUCACCGCCAUUUUCGAUGCUAUCUCGUAUAAUAAGGGUUCAUCCAUACUAAGAAUGUUGGAAGGUUUUAUAGGCGAGGAAAAUUUCCGACGCGGAAUAUCUGAUUAUUUAAAGAAAUAUAAAUAUGGCAACACUGUAACGCAAGAUUUGCUGUCGUGUUUGGAGCCGUAUUUUAAAAUGGAUAAUCCGAAUCUGAAUCUUUCUUAUAUAAUGGAUACAUGGAUAAAGCAAAUGGGAUAUCCAGUGUUAAAUGUGAAAUCCAGUGAAGAAGCCAACACGUUCGUUGUGACGCAGACACGAUUCUUGCUCGACCCUGAUGCAGUACAAAAUAAUGAUUCUCCCUUUAAUUACAGAUGGUUUAUACCAAUUACAUACACAACAAAUAAAGGGAAAUACCAGAAAGUGCUUUGGUUUGCUGACAACGAAGAUAACGUAAAGCUUCAUUUAAAGGAUGGAGAAAAGUGGCUGAAAAUCAAUAACAAUCAAAUGGGUUACUACAGAGUUAACUACCAGCUCGAUAUGUGGGAGAAUCUAAUUCAUGAAUUAAAAAAUAAAUCUGAGCAGCUGACUAUAUCCGAUCGGGCCCAUCUUCUUAAUGAUGUGUUCGCUAUGGCGGAGGCUCGCUUGUUGCCCUACGACUUAGCUUUGAACCUGACCACUUACCUCAGAGAGGAGAGAGACUACGUGCCCUGGGAUACCGCUUCCUCUGUGUUUUCACAAUUAUCUUCUCGGCUACGUAACACGGAGAUAUAUGAUGAUUUGCAGAAAUAUGUUCAAUCUUUGGUGGAGCCAGUAUAUCGUGAGCAGUCAUGGACGAAAAGUAAUUUCAGUGUUAUAGAAGGCCUGUUACGUACAAGAAUAUUGUCUUUGGCGACUGGUUUUAGUCUACCUGAUGCUGAAGAUAGAGUCAGAAGUCUGUUCUUGAGAAGUUUGAACAGCCACGGGACAUCUGAUGCGGUCCUCAUCGACCCCGAUCUUAGAGACUUUGUUUAUUAUUACGGUAUGAGAUCAGCUACACAGUCUGAUUGGGAUAAAUUGUGGCAAAUUUAUUUGAAAGAAGAUGAUGUUCAAGAACUUGCCAAGUUGCGACAUGCGCUGGCAGCGCCGCGCGACGCCACCUUGUUACAAAGAUAUCUUACUCUAGCGUGGGACGAAUCCAAUGUCCGUAGUCAGGAUUACCUGAACGUGGUUCAGUUCAUAAGCUCUAACCCUGUGGGCGCGGCGCUGGUGUGGGGCGACGUGCGCGCGCGCUGGCCGCAGCUUGUCGAUAGAUUCACGCUCAACAGUCGAUAUCUCGGCGGCCUGCUGCCGGCCAUCACUAGCACUUUCGAUACUACUAUUCAAUUACAUGAGAUGGAAGAAUUUUUCAAGAAAUACCCCGAGGCUGGGGCGGGAGAGUCCGCUCGGAAGCGCGCGCUCGAGACUGUUAGAAACAACAUUCGCUGGGCCGAAACGCAGAAGCCGGCUGUUGCCGCUUGGCUGAAAGCACAUGUUUAAAUGUCAAUGAAAAAUGUAUUUUUUUAAUUAGAAGAUUGCUUGAAUAAAUGUAUGCCAGAAAUAUAAUUCGCUAAACCGCGACCUCGACCUUGUAUUCGAAGAUCGAUGUCAGUCCGAUGACCUCACAGUUGCAUGUAGUGUAAAAAUCAUAAAAUGCACGAAGGAACAACUCGGUUAAAGCGCAUCGUUGCGUUGAUCUAAAACGUGUCUUACAAGUUCUUAUUAAGAUAGAUAAUAAACUCACGAAUGAACUUGAAUUUUGUGUAAGUUGUUUAUAUUUACACGUUCGAUGCGGUUAGAUUUAUCGGUAGUGAAGUUAACAUGGACACACGCUGGUAAGUGUGACGUGGGGCCGUGGCGCGCCAACGCGUGGCAGUUUUUGUGCAAAAAACAAGAGCCUUAACAACGGAAUCUGUGCGUAAUUUCUGCUUGAGGUUUAAAAUAAUAUAUUGUGAUAUUUUUAACCUUUUUUUCGUGUAUUUUGAUGUACAAAGACGCUAUUUAUCAAAGUCUAAAAAAAAACUAGAAAAAUAGUAGAAAUACUUGAUAUCAAUUUGGUUAAAAAUGCUCGGGUUUUUUAUAACAUUUAU